AAAAUGAUAGAAUCUGUGCUUCAUUUCUAAAAGAACGAGUGUAACGGGAAAAACAAAACACAACAGGGCUAAGUCCAGUGACGUGGCCCCACGAUAGAGAAGAGAAACAGGAGGCAAUAGGAGACUGGUAUGUGCUAAGAUGUCUGACAACGAAAGCUCCACGAGUGACCAAACAGAGAAAUCAAUGGACCAAGAGCCCAAAAAUCCUUCAUCGCCCACCCGAGAUGAGCCCUCCCCUGAAACUCAGAGUGACAGCUCUACUGAUGUAGCACCAACCCGAAAGACCAGGAGAAGACCAGAACAUAAACCUCCACCAGAAGAACAGAAGAACCCAGAGACACAAAAACUAGCAGAAAGAGCUUCAGAUCCGUCCCCAGAGACGACUGUUUCCCAGGGAGGUUGGGGUUAUUGGGGUAGCUGGGGUAAAUCUAUUCUCUCUACAGCUACUGCCACUGUAGCUACUGUGGGCCAAGGGUUGACGCAGGUCAUUGAGAAAGCUGAGACAUCUCUAGGAAUCCCAAGUCCUGAGGAGCUUUCAGCUGAAACGGAAAAAGAAACAACUGAUGCAGAUCCAGCCAGUAGCAAGGAAAAUAAAGAUGAAGAGGAGAAGACGUACAGAAUGGGUGGUGCUAUGGGAAUGAUCUCCUCCAGUAGCAUGGGAAUGCUGUCAUCUUUAACCACUGUAGUUCAGAGUACGAGUAAAACAGUAAUAAGUGGUGGCCUGGACGCAUUGGAGUUUAUUGGGAAGAAGACCAUGGAUGUAAUAGCUGAGGGAGACCCUGGCUUUAAGAAAACAAAGGGACUGAUGAACAGAAACUCCACCCUGUCACAGGUCUUGAGGGAAGCAAAAGAACGUGAGGAGCAGCAGAAAGCUGAAAGCGUCACUUCAGAAACAGACAAGAAGGCUCAUUAUGGGAUGUUGUUCGAUGAAUUUCAAGGCCUGUCCCAUCUGGAGGCUUUGGAGAUCCUCUCUAGAGAGAGUGAAGCCAAGGUGAAAUCUGUGCUGACCACUCUGUCCGGUGAGGAGUUAGCUAAACUAAAAGAAGAACUACAGGCCAUUAAAGAACCUUUUUCACUUAUGGAGUUUGAUGACGAGGUGGAUGAUGAUACAAAAGGUGAUGAUGGCGAGGAUUUUGUGAAGGAACUGACAGAUGUACUUGAAAGAUUACAAAUCUCCACAUCAGCAGACAAGCUUAGCAAGGCAAGAAAAAAUGCAUUCAGCCGUAUCACAAACAUGAAGCAAGAAAGUGAAAACCCACAGCAAGAAGAAGAAGAAGACAAAGAAGAGGAGAAGGAACAGAAAAUGGCAGUGUCUAAAUGCAGUGUUGAGGAGGUCCAUUUGUCUGCCAUUACAAGCCUGGCCGAGUUCACAGCUAGGUCCAUAGAGCAGUUCCACAAAACUGCUGAAAUGCUGCUCCACUGUGGCCAUGAGGGGGUGACUGCCACAGAACAAGCCAAAGUCCUAUCACAAGUUACUAUUGUUAUUUGCAAGGAGGUAUCGCUACUAUCUAAAAAGUUCACAUCGUGUUUGACUACCAUUGGGGCAAAUGAAAGGGGAGAAGUUCUCAAUCCACUUAUUACCAGCAUUUUUCUGGAGGCAUCAAACAGUGCAUCAUAUAUCCAGGACGCGUUCCAGCUUCUCAUGCCAGUGCUGGAAGUGUCUCAUAUUCAGAGGACGGUGGAGUCGGCACAGUGAUAACCACAUUUUCAGAUUUAAUAACAUCAUGCAACAUCAUAGGAUGGAAAUAAAAUAAUGUGUGAUUUACAUUCAAGUAGAUACGGGAAGCACAUGCCGUACUGUAUGGUGUGCACAGCUCUUGCACAUCCAUUGUUGGCUUUUUUCCUAUCUUGGUAUAUUUUUGAACAGACUCUGUGUCAGAACUCUUCCUAUAACUGACUGUAUCCGAAUGAAUACAGCAAUUUAAAUAAUAUAUUUUAUGUCUAAAUGUAUGAUAUGAAUAUAAAUCAUUUUAAUAUCUUUCUAAAUAAUUUCAAGUUACAUCAGUAUUAAUGUUCAGUUAUCUUUUAAAUAAAUGAUUGUUAUAUGUCUUCUGGAUUGUAACACUUUAACCUUUUUGAAAUUGCAAUACACUAUAAAGAAUGCUUGGUAACAUGCUAUGUAUGCAAAUGUGGUAUAAAACAAACGAGUACUUGGGACUUUCGAGAAUAUUUAAGAUAUAAUCUUUAAUAUUGUUAGCUAUAGAUGAUGUUUUAUUUAUUUGGUUGAAUACCUAACCUGGUCUGACUAUUGACAAUCGGUGACAAAAAAAAACCUGUU